AUGGUCACCUCCACACUCAAAGAUAUCGUUAAAAAUAUCAUACGCAUCACAGACAAACAGCAGCAGCAGCAGCAGCAGCAGCAGCAGCAGCAGCAGAUGCAGCAGAUGCAGGUGCAGCAGGUAAAAGGUAAUGGGGCAUCAUCUACACCGCCGGGAGAUACUCCCACUCCUGCUGCUGCUGCAGCAGGGUACUGUCAAGGCUCAGAUUAUAACGGCGACGCUUCAACAGCAGCAGCAGCAGCAGCAACAGCAACAACAGCAGCAGCAACAGCAGCAACAGCAGCAGCAGCAGCAGCAGCAUGGCAGCAGGGUGUAUCGACGCCACCAGCUGAGACCCCUCCUUCAAGCCUCCCCAACAACAGCAGCAGCAGCAGCAACACCAGCAACAGCAGCAGCAGCAACACCAGCAGCAGCAGCAGCAGCAGCAGCAGCAGCAGCGGGCGUGUGGUUUGUGUUGCUGUUGAAAGAUUAAAAAAAAGAUUUCUGCUGCAGCUGACGGAUGAAGCAGCAGAAGCAGAACUCGUUAAUAUCAUCAGCAGCAGCGCGGGCUCGCUGCUGCCGGCUGUUGUUGAUAGGCUACACGAAUGGGCCUUAUACUGGAAAUAA